GUGACCGCGCCCAGCCAAGGCGGCAGCGGUGGCCGCGCGAGCAUCGGCGGCGGUGGCAGAGGCAGCGGGAGGCAGCUGCGCCGCCAGCGUGGAGCGGGAGGCGUGGAGGUGUGGAGAAGAAGGGAGCGUCGGACCGGAACGGAUGUGUGCAUCUCAGGAUUGAGAGGAAGAAACAAGUCAUGGGCCAGUGGUCAAGAUACUUCUCUGGGAAUUGUUGCUGCUGAUACUACUUCACAGAGUCAUACAAUGAGUGUUUGGUUUAAGGAAGAUUUUCAUAUUUAAAAGAUUUUCAUCUUGGAAAUAAACAAGUGAAAAUUUCAUUCUUUUGGGAAACAUUUUCCUGCUAAUAAAUUAUACUUGUAAUGGGCGACAUGGCAAACAACUCAGUUGCAUAUAGUGGUGUGAAAAACUCUUUGAAAGAAGCUAAUCAUGAUGGAGACUUUGGAAUUACGCUUCCAGAGCUGCGGGCUCUCAUGGAGCUCAGGUCCACAGAUGCAUUACGAAAAAUACAGGAAAGCUAUGGAGAUGUCUAUGGAAUCUGCAACAAGUUGAAAACAUCUCCCAAUGAAGGUUUAAGUGGAAACCCUGCAGAUUUAGAAAGAAGAGAAACAGUGUUUGGAAAGAACUUUAUACCUCCUAAGAAGCCAAAAACCUUUCUCCAAUUAGUAUGGGAAGCAUUACAAGAUGUAACUUUAAUUAUACUAGAAAUUGCAGCCAUAGUAUCAUUGGGCCUUUCUUUUUAUCAACCUCCGGAAGGGGAUAAUGCACUUUGUGGAGAAGUCUCUGUCGGUGAAGAAGAAGGUGAAGGUGAAACCGGGUGGAUUGAAGGAGCUGCGAUCCUCCUGUCGGUGGUGUGUGUGGUGUUAGUGACAGCUUUCAAUGACUGGAGUAAGGAGAAACAGUUCCGAGGUUUGCAAAGUCGAAUCGAGCAGGAACAAAAGUUCACCGUCAUCCGGGGCAGUCAAGUCAUCCAGAUACCAGUAGCUGACAUUACUGUCGGAGACAUUGCCCAAGUGAAGUAUGGUGAUCUUCUUCCGGCUGACGGCAUACUGAUUCAAGGCAAUGACCUGAAAAUCGAUGAGAGUUCAUUGACUGGUGAAUCUGAUCAUGUUAAGAAGUCUCUAGAUAAGGAUCCCUUACUUCUGUCGGGUACUCAUGUAAUGGAAGGCUCUGGAAGAAUGGUGGUUACAGCUGUAGGUGUGAAUUCUCAAACUGGAAUUAUCUUUACCUUACUUGGAGCUGGAGGUGAAGAAGAAGAAAAGAAAGAUGAGAAGAAAAAAGAAAAGAAGAAUAAGAAACAAGAUGGAGCUAUUGAGAAUCGCAACAAAGCAAAAGCCCAGGAUGGUGCAGCCAUGGAAAUGCAGCCUUUAAAGAGUGAAGAGGGAGGAGAUGGCGAUGAAAAAGACAAAAAGAAAGCAAAUUUGCCAAAAAAAGAAAAGUCCGUUUUACAAGGGAAACUUACGAAACUGGCUGUUCAGAUUGGCAAAGCAGGUCUGCUGAUGUCUGCCAUCACAGUUAUCAUCCUAGUAUUAUAUUUUGUGAUCGAUACCUUCUGGGUCCAGAAGAGACCGUGGCUUGCUGAGUGCACACCAAUCUACAUACAGUACUUUGUGAAGUUCUUCAUUAUUGGAGUUACCGUUCUAGUAGUUGCUGUGCCCGAAGGCCUUCCACUGGCAGUCACGAUCUCACUGGCUUAUUCAGUCAAGAAAAUGAUGAAGGAUAAUAACUUAGUGAGGCACCUGGAUGCUUGUGAAACCAUGGGGAAUGCCACAGCAAUUUGUUCAGACAAAACAGGGACAUUGACAAUGAACAGAAUGACAGUCGUCCAAGCUUAUAUAAAUGAAAAGCAUUAUAAAAAGGUUCCUGAGCCAGAAGCUAUUCCACCAAAUAUUUUGUCCUAUCUAGUAACAGGAAUUUCUGUGAAUUGUGCUUAUACAUCAAAGAUAUUGCCACCAGAGAAAGAGGGUGGAUUACCUCGUCAUGUGGGUAAUAAAACAGAGUGUGCCUUGUUGGGACUUCUCCUGGAUUUAAAGCGGGAUUAUCAAGAUGUUAGAAAUGAAAUACCAGAAGAAGCACUGUACAAAGUCUAUACUUUCAAUUCUGUUAGGAAGUCCAUGAGUACAGUUCUGAAAAAUUCAGAUGGAAGUUUCCGGAUCUUCAGCAAGGGUGCAUCUGAGAUAAUGCUGAAAAAGUGUUUCAAAAUCUUGAGUGCUAACGGUGAGGCAAAAGUAUUCCGGCCCAGGGACCGUGAUGAUAUUGUAAAAACUGUGAUUGAGCCAAUGGCAUCAGAAGGCCUGAGAACCAUAUGCCUUGCGUUCAGAGAUUUUCCAGCAGGAGAACCAGAACCAGAGUGGGAUAAUGAGAAUGAUGUCGUCACUGGCCUUACUUGCAUUGCUGUUGUGGGGAUAGAAGAUCCCGUGAGGCCUGAGGUACCCGAGGCAAUAAAGAAAUGUCAGAGAGCUGGAAUUACUGUGCGCAUGGUCACUGGUGACAAUAUUAAUACUGCUCGGGCUAUUGCUACCAAAUGUGGUAUUUUACACCCAGGGGAAGAUUUCCUUUGCUUAGAAGGUAAAGAUUUUAACCGAAGAAUACGAAAUGAAAAAGGAGAGAUUGAACAAGAAAGGAUAGACAAGAUUUGGCCAAAGCUUCGAGUACUCGCAAGAUCAUCUCCCACCGACAAACACACACUGGUUAAAGGUAUAAUUGACAGCACUGUCUCAGAGCAACGCCAAGUUGUAGCUGUGACUGGCGAUGGUACAAAUGAUGGCCCUGCACUAAAGAAAGCAGAUGUUGGAUUUGCCAUGGGCAUUGCUGGAACUGAUGUGGCUAAAGAAGCAUCUGAUAUUAUUCUCACAGAUGACAACUUUACAAGCAUUGUUAAAGCAGUUAUGUGGGGACGAAAUGUCUAUGACAGCAUCUCAAAAUUCCUUCAGUUCCAGCUUACUGUUAAUGUAGUAGCAGUGAUUGUUGCUUUCACGGGCGCUUGUAUUACUCAAGACUCACCUCUUAAGGCGGUGCAGAUGCUGUGGGUAAACCUCAUCAUGGACACACUGGCUUCCCUGGCCCUGGCAACAGAACCACCCACUGAGUCGCUCCUGCUCCGGAAGCCUUACGGCAGAAAUAAGCCUCUCAUCUCACGGACCAUGAUGAAGAAUAUUUUGGGUCAUGCAUUCUAUCAGCUCGUAGUGGUUUUUACGCUCUUAUUUGCUGGAGAGAAGUUUUUUGAUAUUGACAGUGGAAGGAAUGCCCCUCUGCACGCUCCCCCCUCGGAACAUUACACUAUUGUGUUCAAUACCUUUGUGCUGAUGCAGCUUUUCAAUGAAAUAAAUGCACGGAAAAUUCAUGGUGAAAGAAAUGUGUUUGAAGGAAUCUUUAAUAACGCCAUCUUCUGCACGAUUGUUUUAGGCACCUUUGUGGUACAGAUAAUAAUUGUGCAGUUUGGUGGGAAACCAUUCAGCUGCUCAGAACUUUCAAUAGAACAGUGGCUGUGGUCAAUAUUCCUGGGAAUGGGGACCUUACUCUGGGGCCAGCUUAUUUCAACAAUUCCAACUAGCCGUUUAAAAUUCCUAAAAGAAGCUGGUCAUGGAACACAAAAGGAAGAAAUACCCGAGGAGGAAUUAGCAGAGGAUGUUGAAGAGAUUGAUCAUGCCGAAAGGGAAUUGCGGCGUGGCCAGAUCUUGUGGUUUAGAGGUCUGAACAGAAUCCAAACACAGAUGGAUGUAGUGAAUGCUUUCCAGAGUGGAACUUCCAUUCAGGGGGCUCUAAGGCGACAACCCUCCAUCGCCAGCCAGCAUCAUGAUGUAACAAAUAUUUCUACCCCUACACAUAUUCGAGUGGUGAAUGCAUUUCGUAGUUCUUUAUAUGAAGGGUUAGAAAAGCCAGAAUCAAGAAGUUCAAUCCACAACUUUAUGACACACCCUGAGUUUAGGAUAGAAGAUUCAGAGCCUCACAUCCCCCUUAUUGAUGACACUGAUGCUGAAGAUGAUGCUCCUACAAAACGCAACUCCAGCCCUCCGCCCUCUCCUAACAAAAAUAACAAUGCUGUUGACAGCGGAAUUCACCUUACAAUAGAAAUGAACAAGUCUGCUACCUCUUCAUCCCCAGGAAGCCCACUACAUAGUUUGGAAACGUCACUCUGAUUGUAAGCUGAAUGUUAACACACUAGCUGCAUUGUAAAGAAACAAAUUGAAACUGAGUCUUUUCACAUAUUGUGACGGACAAGAUAGUAGUCUUGUCUUUGGACUUCAACAGAAGACACACUUGUACGAAUGUAGAUUUAUUUUUUUAAAAAAAAAAGCAAAGCUUUCUGCCAGACUGAGGGUGCUUUUUGGGGGGUGGGAGAAAUGAACUGACAGAUAAACAACGGCAUAAGUGACCUGUAGAUCAUCAUUGGUACCCAGAAUGGUCCUGACGGUGUAUUAGCAGAGCUGUGGUUUAUCUCAGUGUCCUUGAUGGGAGAGAGGGAGGAGUGAAGCUGGGCAAGACAGAGAGCCCUGGAUCAUUGAAUGAAUACUUUAAUUUCUGCUGUUGGCUGUUAAUAAUUUGGAUUAUUUAUGUUUAUAAAUGAUACAGAUCUGUUUACAAGGUUUGUAGAUACUUUUUUUGUUCUUCAUAGAUGGGAAGCUUCCUUAUAACUAAUGCAGAGAAAAAUUAGUCCUUCAAAUACUGCUGUAUUUUCAGGAAAUAAAAAAAGGGGUGUUUCUAUUGAAACUGUACUAAAUUUUUGCCUACAAUUUAUCUUGUUAAAUAUUGUAGAUAAAUUGCUAAUACUAAUAGCCAAAUAGAUAACACUAAUGCUUUGUUUAAAAAACAAAAAACAAAAAAAGAAAACAAAACAAGACAAAAAAAAAACAAAAAAAAAACAUGAGCAGUGGUGUUCUAAUGAAGUUAUGGCAUCUGUCCUAAUUAGUUUCUUAAAUACAUUUACUACUUAAUGGUUUUGAAAGAACUGUUUAAUUUUUAAAUUUUUUGAAAACUUGCUAAUAACCUUUUGUUCAGAAUUUAGUAGAUUGUUUAUUGCAGGACAUCAAAUACACAAUGAAAGAUGCUUGAAAUGCUUUUGUUAUUUCAGGCAAAUCAAAUUAAACUAUAAAACUACAAGAGAACCUUUAGUCCUUUUUAUUUUUGUCUAAAUAUGUUAGUUCAGUGAUGUCUUGGUGAACUGUGAGUGAACUAUAUUGAUUUUUCUAAUAACUCCUUAGAGACCUGCAUACAGCAUAGAGGGCUGUUGGCAUUUUGAAAAAGGUUAAUAGGUAGAAGCAUACAUGUUUUCCUUUUUGUUUCUGAAACUUGUUUGUAAACAUAAACGAAUAUGCCCUUUUAUUAAAUAAAUACACAGCGGUGGAUUUAAGACAGCUCAGCUCCAAUCCUUAGUUCUGCAUAGGUGAUGCCUCGGUCUGUUCCCUUUCACCACAAUUGGAAUAAAUUUCAAGCUGGUAACAGCCCCACAAAGUUCUGUUUGAAUUCUUUAUUGGUCACCUCAUCGAGUCAGGGUGAGACAGCACAGUUUGCCGCCUAACAUACUCUUCCUAGAACUUAGUUUUAUCUAAAAUAGUAUCACCAUUUUAUAAAAAGUAAUGACCACCAUUGUCUCUGAUACAUUUGUUUUUAUUAAGUGGCCAAAUAACAGAUGAGGUAAAAGGAGAUAAUACAUGAAAACAUGGGGAAAGCUUCUAAACAUGAUAUUUGUAGAUUGAUGAUUAACCAUGUGUUGAAAUGCCCAUCCCUGAGUCAAUUGAACUUCUGGGCUCUCUGCUUCUUCCCUGUCUACCUUCUCUCUUUGUUUGCCCCUUGUCUUCACCCUUUAGAAACUGGUAUUGUUUCAGGGCGCAGAUUUCACCAGAUAAACAAUCCUCAGGCUGAUAAAGUUUACGAGGACUACUACAUCCAAGAAUGCUGACCCAGCAAAGAAGCAUGGUUGACGGUGCUUGAUAUUUUUUGGUGGGUGGGAGGAAUCUUUUCUCUCCAUCAGUUGCCUGCAGUAAUCCUCUGCAAGUCCUAGAAACAUAUUGGCUCUGUCGCAUUUAUCAUUGUACAUUUAUUCAUCAGGUAUUGUAGUUAUUCAUACUGUAAAAAAGAGGUAGCAUGAUAUAUGCUGGGAAGCAUAUUUAGACCAGGAGUCCAGAAUGGCCUCCUAGUCUUGAUUUUGCCAUUAAUGUGCUGCAUGAUCUUGGGGAAUUACUCACCCUGAAAGAGGGUGGGGGACUAGACUCCUCUUGAAGAACCCUUUCACCUCUAAAAAUUGACCCUAUCCACUGAAGAAGCCUGCAAGGCAUAGGGAAUAGAGAAAAGGGAAAUGUUUUCAGUUUUCUUUUUUAUUUUGGUUAUGCUUAUCUAGGAAUGUAAUUACCAAACGAUCCAGACAUGCAUGUGCUUUGGAGGGUUUGUUUCGAGCUUUUCCGGUCUUCAUUUUUCAACUCAAGGCAAUGGCUUUUUACACCACCUCCAGUCCAUAAACGGGUCUUACUUAGGGCAUCUAUGAAGUAAUAGCAAGACAUUGAGACACUGUAAUUUCUACCAGAAAUUUCCAGAACAUUAUGUAAGUAAAGAAAAAGAAAUACAAGCAAAGCUGUUAAAGAUCUUGGAUCCCAUUAUAUAGAGUGUAUAGCGAAAUCAACAUCUGUAAUUCACAUUUUAUCUUUUAUCCUCUAACAGAAGAGAAAAAAAACUUGCUUAAUUUUGCAUCCCAAAUGUUUUUAAUCUUUGUAUAUUUUUUAAAAAUCCUUUUCUCCUCAUCAUUGCCGUUUUGUGGUUGUAAAUAGACUUGCCGCACUUGGAAGCCGCGUUUCUCCUUGUCAUCUUACAAAUAUGUGAUAUGGUCAUUUUCAUAACAGAUAGCAGUUUUGAACCGAGAAAUGGUGAUUUGUUUAUAAGAAAAAAAAAACCUGGCUUCAUUUCUGUGAAAUUGCUCUUUGAAAAUUUCAUUUCCACGUGUAAGCCAACUGAGAUACUACCAUGAUGGUGUUGAUUUCCUUUGAUGAUGCUUACCAUCUCUUUUAGCCACUGAGCCUUUUAUUAUUUGUCUAUUUGUAAAGUUUAUUUGUCUUAACUCAUUUAAUAAAUAUACUGUUUAUCUGUUUCUGAA